GCCUACAGCCAAAGCCACAUCGGGAUCGAGAGCUUUUGCUUUUGGUACCGGUACCGGUCGCACGGGGUAGCAGGAAGGAGGAAAAUGGAAAAUCAGGAGGAAAGUAUUGCGCUCGGAGGUUGAAGCGUUUAAACGCGAAGUAGUACUCGCUGCUCGAAUUUCGUUUGUUUUGUGUUAGCCCAUUCGUUUGUAAUGGAAAUAUCGAAACUCAGCAAUGAGCUGUAUAUGACAACAACAAGGGCGCCUGUGAACAUCGCGGUUGUCAAGUACUGGGGGAAAGCCAACGAAGAUCUGAUUCUGCCUCUAAAUGAUUCAUUGAGUUUGACUCUGAGUACGGAUGAUUUGUGUGCACAAACUACAAUUGCUGUUGGGAAGCACUUUACUGAAGACAGAAUAUGGUUGAAUGGGAGGGAAGAGUCCGUAAAGUUUCCUAGGAUUCAGAACUGCUUGAAUGAAAUUAGACGUCGUAGCAAAGAAGCCAGGGAACAACGGAAAGCUGACCUCGAGCCAGAUUACACUGACUGGCAUGUGCACAUAUCGUCUGUCAACAACUUUCCUACGGCAGCUGGAAUGGCAUCAUCGGCGGCAGGUUAUGCCUGCCUGGUGCACUGCCUGGGUACUCUUUUCCAAGUGGAAGGAGACCUCUCGGGGAUUGCAAGACGGGGAUCCGGCAGUGCCUGCCGCAGCAUGUAUGGAGGUUUUGUGCGCUGGGUGAAAGGGGAAAGAGAAGACGGACAUGAUUCGGUUGCACAGCAAGUAGCUCCAGUGGAUCACUGGCCAGAAUUGAGAGUACUCAUCCUGGUGUGUGAUUCUCAUUUCGAAGUACUUCAAGGGAUGCAUACUGUGAAGGCUGGUAUUUCAAGGGGAACUGCUGCCCAUGUAGUAGCAAAUGACCAAAAGAAAGACACUGGAAGUACAUCAGGAAUGGGAAGUAGUGUGCAGACCAGCACUCUUUUAAAAUACAGAGCCUCCACAGUAGUGCCUCAACGUAUCAAAGAUAUGACAGAAGCCAUCCUGAACAAAGAUUUCAACAAGUUUGCUGACGUAACUAUGCAGGAAAGCAAUCAGCUACACGCCAUAUGUCUUGACACUUACCCUCCCAUCAGAUACAUGAACCGCAUUUCUUGGGACAUUGUGAGCUUGGUUCAUCGUUACAAUGAUUUCUACAAGGCCAACAGAGUGGCAUACUCAUUUGAUGCAGGACCCAAUGCAUUCCUAUUCACUCUGGAAGAGUAUCUUCCGGAAGUUUUGUCUGUAGUGCGGCGUUCUUUUCCGUCCACUUUAGAGGGGAUCAAGGGCAGCCUUUGGAGAGGAGCACCAGGACCCACCAAGCCACUUCCCCAUAAGUUACAAGACCAUCUCAAGAUAGUACCGCAAGUGGAUGUUCUGAAAUAUGCAUUUGUUACAAAGAUUGGUGAUGGUCCACAAACUGUGUCAGACUUCAGGCAGCAUUUACUUGACAUUAGAGGGAUGCCUAAAUAAGUUACUGCAUGCAUGUCUACUAGUACCUUAACACUACUGAGAAGCCUUGUUACAGGACUUGCAUUGGGCAGAAAUGUUGAGGAAGGCAUGAUGCAUACUGCUGAACAUUCACUUUUUGUGCAAUUUGCUUUGGCUGAAUAAAAUUUUAUACAUUA